CAAGUUUCAUUCAGUACGCGACCAUACGACAAUACGGUCGUCUUUGACGGGAUUAACCAAUCGAAUUUUCUAAAGAAAAAUAUUAAUAAAAAACAAAAAAAAAAAAAAAAAACAUGUUAAAUAAAAACUAAAAAAAAAAACACGAAAGAAGAAAUCCACAGAAGAUAUCUCAAAAAGGAAAUUUCAUUUAUUAAUGAAAAAAUCAGUGGCAAGAAAAUAAUUCAAUCUCACCCAAAGUGCUAAGGCAGAGAACAAGAAGAUAAUCUGCAGUGCUUCUGCUGUUGAAAACUAAUUGAAUUUUAAACGAAGUUUUAAGCUAAGAAUAGAAGCAAACAACGCAUUGCAUCUUGUGGUGCUCGUGUGGAAAAAAAGCAACAAAACAACGGUAAUUAAAUAUCUAACAACUAGAUUGGAUUUGUGGCAAAAGUGUUAUAAUGUUAGCUUGAUGAUAGAAGUAAAAGAAAUUUUUUACUUUUGGUGUUAAACAAUAAAGAAAAGCUUGGAUUAUAUAUCAACAUCUUUAAGAAAUAAUCAGAUAAAAGAUUGAAUCCAGUAAUAAGGAAUUGAAAUUAUCUACAAUAUCAGAUAAUUCCCCUGCAUCAUGAUUAAAUUCAAAAUAAGGCUUCUCAUAGCCUUUGUCAUCUGUAUUGGUUCCAGCGCAGCUGUACUCUCCUCAGCCCAGUUGCCAGUCGAAGCACGUGGAGGGGCCUCCGAAGAAGAUGAUGAUCCCGUUAUUUCGACUAGUUACGUUCUGCCAAAUCAAAUUUUCAACGAUGGAAAACCCUAUUAUGCUGCCAAAGAUCCCAUUUCGGGUCAGUUGGAUUUCAAUGUGAAGAAACCGGCGGGUAUUGAGACAUCAGCCAAUGAGGUUGUAGAUCCCAAUGAGAAAACUGUCAUAUCGUCAUCGUCGCCAAAUAUUCACGACUUUCUCAAUUUACCGGUUAAAUAUUCAUCGUCGAAAUUCGUGUACCCCCUAGUUUCAAGUUCCUAUGCGAAUCUGAAAUAUCAGGGAAGUAAUAAAAAUUAUAUAACCAAUAAAAAGCCAACGCAGGUGAUACAGGCAACAUCGGCGCCCAACUAUCAUACGGCGAAUUAUUUCACACUACCAACAACGAAAUUGACACCGGUGGCACCAACGCAGCCAAGUACAACAAGUUCUAGUAGCACAACAACAACGACGACCACCUCUACUACAAGUACAACUAAGAAGCCAACAACAACAUCUACUUCCACAACAUCAACAACAUCCACUUCUACUUCGACAAGUACCACUUCAACCUCCACUUCAACUACCAGCACUACGAAGGCUCCCGUUCCCACACAAACAUCGACAUUGGCUUCAUCCUCGGCCAAAUAUACCACCUCCAGUAAGAGGCCAACCACCACAACUACCCCAGCUCCCAAGACCUCUACAACACGCAAGAAGUUUGUGCCCACCAAGAAAUAUAGUACCUCUACAACGGGAAUCACCAGCACUACCAUGCAUUUGUCAGAACAGCAACAACAACAGAAAUUUGAUGGCACCAAACCCACUAAGCCCACAACAACAGCUGGACUCACAACCCGUCAUCCCACACCAUCUGCAGCCAUAUUCCCAACUGAUGCAACCGAAAGCAAAGAUUGGUAUCCCGCUCCACCCAGUACAAGUACCACCGGUCAACCCGUUGUCUUCACCGAAGAUCCCACAUCACCACCCGCCUUCAGUCCUCUACCCACCAGCACCCGCAUUCCCGACCUGGAUCCAGCUGAUGUUUAUCACACUUUGGAUCAAAAGAAUGUGGAAAAUAAAUUUGAACAAAAACCCAGCAUGACUUUGGCAGAUAUUUUCAAUAGCCUGGCUGAGGAGGAGUCCGCAGUGGCUGCCAUCAGCAAUCCUUCGCACCAGGGAUUGGAUGCUCAAGGAAAUUUGAUGGAACCUUUGGAUCCUUCCAAACCCUCACCCUUUGCCAUGCAACAGAAUUCCGGACGCAGACCCCAGGCACCACCCACAAAACCAACAUUUGGCACAACCAGUAAUGCUCCCGCCCUCAAUGGCCAAGUGAUCUCUUCCAAUCAAGAGAAUUUCAACAACGAAUAUGUUUCCUAUCAAGUCCAGCAACCCAAUAUCAUGCAAUAUCGUCCUGCCCCUGGAGCCAUCAAUAAUGUGGUCAUUUCACCGGGACAAAACUCUGCCUCCUUUGUUUUGGGCAGCCAACAGCAGGUGGGAGCCAAUCAAUUUGGCAGCGUUGAAAAGGAACCGCUCUUCUCCAAGGAACAUCAACAUCCCGUUCAAUAUGGCACGGUUAUCAAUGAAGACAUUAGCACUUUGAAUCGCCAGCCACCACCCAGUCCUCCAACACCAUAUCAGGAAAUGCCGAAACCAGUACCCACCUCAAACUUCCAUCAAAAUGGUAACUAUGCAACGGAUUCGAUAAGACCCGAUAUACCCAGACCACCCUCGGGGGCCAAUGGUUAUCAGGAGCCACCGCCAGCUGCACCUUCACCCUAUCAACAGCUGCCAUUGAUUGGCUCAAAUGUAAGGAACAAAAUUUCAGGUCAAAAACCCCAACCACCACAGCAACCACAACAACAACAGUCAGUGACUUUGUCAGGAGCCGGCAUUGGUUCGGUACAAUCUGUGGAUCCUCAAGAGAAUGCCGAUCCCAAUUCGGUAACAUUGGGUUCCAGUCAAAAUACAAAAGAAUUGUUAGUUUCCACCAAUAUCCGUUUCCCCGCCAAUGAAGAGCAAUCCGCCGAGGUACCCUCAUUGCCGGUGGCCAGUGGACCCCCAGCAGGACCACAAAUCAAUGGCCAUGCUCAGCCCUUGAGCUUGCAACAAAUUCAAAAUACCAACACAGUUGUCUUCCCAAAAUCCGAAGAGACCGUUGGAGGUACGGUAAGUGAUGCCGCUGCCGGCGCCGCUGUACAAAUUCAGAAACAUGAGGUUCUGACAAUGAGUCAACAUCAACAGAAAUUGAACUUCCCCACAUCGAAUGAGCCCAACACUCCCGCCACUCAUAUGGUGCCACCACCACGUUUCCCACCACCACGUUUCCCACCACCACUGCCGAACAGCAUUAAUGAACAUGAUUUGCAGAAACCCAGCCGCCCUCAUGGUGGUCCCCAGUAUCCAUUCAAUGAAUACACUCGCAAACCCAUUCCCGGUAUAACUCGACCAAAUCCGGAUCGUCAUUUACCCAACAUUUUGCCACAAUUUCGACCAAGUUCCAAAGUUUCUACAGGUCACCCACAACAAACCAAUUUCAAUCAGGAACCAGGCAAUAUCCUUGUAGGCGGACCUCAGCAGCCACCUCCACAUCUCAAGCGCGGCCCCAAUGUAGGUAAUCCACAAUUCUCACAUCGUCGUCAGCCGUUGGGUCAACAAAGUCGCUAUCCCCUGAAUCGUAACAUUGAUUAUCCCUCAGUUGGACCACCACCACCCCAGCUAGCUCCUCAUGAAAUUGCCAAUAGACGUAUCUAUCGCGUCUCGCCAUACGGAGGACAAGGUAUGCAAUACUUGGAACGUCCCGGCGGCGGCUAUCCACGUAGACCGCACAUGCCACAUGGCUUGAGGCCAGCGGAAUCAUUAAAUGUGGAACGCCAUGUAAUGUCUCCCGUUUUGGAAAAAUUACCCGCUUUCGAAGAAGAAGAUUUGGUUAUCAAUGAUCCUCCUCAGCCCAUUGCGCCCAGCAAGGAAUCCUCUUUGGUGAACGAUGCAAAAUUGGAACCGGUGGUAACUCUGCAAAUGUUACAAUCCCAAAAGAAGGCUGUAUCCCUACCCAAUGAUGAUACCGGAGCUGGAGAGAUCCAAGUACCUAGCCUUGAUGAGGCGGAGGAAGAAAUUAAUCAGGCUGCCGAAUCUAAUAAUCGUAAUGGUCUUUAUGUUGUCUAUCCCAUGGCGGGUGACAAAAAAUCCGAGGUUGCCGCUGAGGAUUUGAAAAAUAAAUUGCCAGCUGUGGCCCAUGUGGAACCACCCACGGGUAGUGAAUAUCAGAAUACACCCUUCUCGGUGGUAAGGGAUGAACCCCAGGAACCCAUUUUGAAAAACAAGAAACCUGUUUCCUUGCAUCAACAGCAAAAGGCGGCUGCCAACAAAGAUGCCUUCCCAUAUCCCAUUGAAAAACCUGAUCCAUCCUAUAGUGAAUUAAAUAAGCCAUCUAAGGUGCCAGGUGUGCUAAUUGCCCCCAAGAUCAUCAAUGGAGCCUAUGGUACCGGCACCAUUGCACCAAUUGCCAUUGCCUAUACCCCCACUGAGCCCACACCUCAUAUUAAGAAAAUGCAACAGGAACAGCAUCAAUAUCAAAUGCAACAACAGCAACAGUAUCAACAGCAAAUGCAACAACAACAAAAACAUCAGGAACAACAAAUGUACUCGAAUGUAAACUUGGCCACACCCGUCAUAAAGGAGAUACGUCAAUUCGAUCAGGCCCAAGACAAUGGACAUGACAUCGAUUUGCGCGGUCAAAAUUAUGAAAAGAAUUUCAUGGCUCCCUUCUAUCCCAGUGUCAGUUUGGAUUCCGUGACCAGCACCCCAUCGAAUGGUUGGAAUAUCUUAAAGACCACCAAGGAACCGUUGUACAGUAAAAACAAUAUUGAUCGUUCGGACGUUAACUCGGCUAACAAAGAUGGCCAAACUGAGGGGGAGGAGGAGGCCACCGAAAACACCACCCUGAAAUCAUUUGAAAUGGACAAAUUCCAACCCGAAUUACAGGGAGGUUUCAAACCCAUCUAUCCACCUGGCUAUAAAUUAGCCAAUGAAGAUGAGGAGCAAGAACAGCUGGAGAAGCAUGAAAGCAAUAACAUGCCUCUGGCAUUGGCCAGUCACAUGGAAAUGCCUUUGAAUUUACAGCAAGCCGACGCGUCCUCCACAUCAUCAUCGACUUCAUCAACAACCUCCACCACAACCACUGCCAAACCUUUGCUUGAGGACAACAAGGAAGUUCCCAACACCACCAAGGCUCCCCCACAAACAGAAACCACCACAAAACGCAUCAAAUCAAAAUUUGAAACCAGUCUGGCAGCUCUGCUCUUUGGCGAAGAUGACACCGAUGCCGAAAUGGAGGCCGCCGAUGGUCCACGUGAAGAACCUCAGGCCCGCAAAGAACCAACCAAAGCCAUGAUGAGUGGUCCAAGAAGUAUACCACGCAUGGGACCACGUAGUUUGAAAAUUUAAAUUAAAAGAAAAAACCACAACAAAAAUGACACUCGAAUUAAUUUAAAGAAUUUUCUAGGCAUUUUCACAAAUUCUAAUCUUAUUUAAUUUAGUUGUAAUUUUAAUUUAUUUAAAUAGGAUAUAAAGAAAACAAAAACAUAUUUUUAAUUUUUAAAUUUAAUUGAAUUGUUUUAAGAAACUACAACUCUUUGCAAAAACAAUAAACAUCCCGGCAGACAUACACACAUGGAUCCGUAAAAUAUAACCAUCAUAAUAAUGUAACCGUCUUCUCUGCUCAUCCAAUGCCCAAAGUUACAACUCUUGCAAGUCUAAUUUGAAAUUUUUGAAAUUAUUUGGAAAUUUCUUAACCUUGUUAUUUUUGGUUUCUUAUUAGACUUGCGAUUUGUUGAACUUAUUUAAUCUCUGAGAUAACUAUCGCUCACAUUCUCGUUCGUUCUCACUAUCUCUGUUUCAUAUUCUUUUUUCAUAA